CCCGAAGCAUUGCUUGAUAUUAAAUACGGUGAAAAGGAUGUAGAAUAUGGCAACGUUUUAACAAUUAAUGAAGCUGCAAAUACUCCUGAUGUUAAAUUUGUGCUUGGAGAUUGUAAUCCCAAUACAAAAUUUACAUUGUUGAUGGUCGAUCCUGAUGUUCCAAGUCGCGCUAACCCAAAUCAAAGCGAAUAUUGUCAUUGGGUCGUUGGCAAUAUUCCAUCUGAUGCAAAUUUGUCCAAUGCAACUAUCGUUGAUACUUACCAAGGACCAUAUCCACCACCAGGAACUGGUUAUCAUCGAUAUACGUUUUUAUUAUACGAACAGCCAGUUCCAUGCAUCGAAUUUCAAAUACUUGAGGGAACAAAUAGAAAUAAUUUCGAAGCUCGCCAAUUUGCCAAACAAUACGAAUUAAAGCUUAUUA